GUCUGCUAUAGUCAUGCCACGUAGAGGUCUUGUCAAAGCAGCACUCAGCUCUGAUACCCUUGUCAUAAAAGGAAAGCUCUCAAAUGAUGCACAGAUUCCACAGGAAGUCGUUGUACACUUAGACGGUAUACAAGGACCACGUGUUGGUAGCAACAACAAGCCAGAUGAGCCAUUAGCUUAUGAAGCACGUCAAUUCGUUAUCGACGCUGCUGUUGGCAAACUAGUCGAUUUUGACAUUAUCGGCAGUGUAGAAGCUAACAAUCUGAACUUUGGCGUUGUGAACUUACCAAAUGAAGAGGGUGUUAGCCAGGAUUUAAAAACACACAUUCUAAGCCACGGUUGGGCUAAAUUGCGCACGACAAACGACAGCGCACUCAAUGUCAUACAAGAUUACGCUAAGACAAAACAAAGAGGUAUAUGGGGUUUGAAGCAACAAAGGGAUGUCCUUUACACCAUGCCAUCAGAUUUACAAUCAUUCGUUGACAAAUACUCUCGCAAUAUCCUCACAGCGGUUGUUGAACAAGUACGCGAUGGACAUACACUCCGCCUGAGAUUACUCCUCAGUGAUCUCAGUCAUCAGUACAUUACUCUCGCACUUGCAGGUGUACGCUCUCCAAAAGUUGGAAGAGAAGAUCUAGCGGAGGCAGCAGAAGAAUUUGGUCCACAAGCUCGCCUCUAUGUUGAGACCAAAUGUCUGCAACAAAAAGUUAAAGUUAGAUUAUUCGCUACAAACAACACCUCGUCCCUUGUUAUUGGUAAUAUCACUUUAAAUGAUGGAUCAUCACUCGCUGAAUGUGUUAUCGCUAACGGAUUCGCUAAAUUCGCUGAUUGGCAUGCAGCCAUUUUGGCUAGCAAUGGUCCUUCAUAUUUACCUUCAUUGAAAGUUGCAGAAAAGUUCGCAAAGGAGAACAAAAUGAACAUCUGGCAAAACUUUGUCGAUCCAAUUGCUACACAAUCCACUGCGGAUGUUGCCGCGAAUGGUAAUGUUAAGAAAAACACUACACAAUCACAUCCACGUCAAUCUGAAGUUAUCGUCAGUAGAAUUUGGUCGGGUGACCAAAUUUCAGUCAUUCCUUUCAACAAAGAUGGCAGUGAAGGUGUUGAAAAACGUAUACAAAUUGCUUCUAUCAGACAACCACGUAGUGCCGACACGAAGCAAGCAUACUGGGGAUUAGAAGCACGUGAAUUCAUGAGAAAGAAGCUCAUUGGAAAGAAAGUCAUUUACCAACACGACUACACUAGACCAAAAGAAGAAGGUUUCGAUGAACGUGAAGCAGCCACUAUUAGAUUUGGUGGCUCACAGAAUUCAAUUGGUCUCUUAUUGGUCGAGCGAGGAUUAGCAACCGUUAUCAGACAUCGCCGUAACGACGAUAGAUCACACGAGUAUGAUGAACUUCUAAUUGCUGAACAAGCGGCAUUAUCUCAAGCAAAGGGUGUUCAUUCAAACAAGGAAUUGCCAAUACCUAGAAUACCAGAUGCAAGUGAAUCAUACGCAAAAGCAUCUUCCUUCCUCCCUCAAUGGAAACGUUCAGGCAAGAUCGCAGGUGUUGUUGAAUACGUUGCAUCCGGAUCUCGCUUCAAAGUCUACAUACCAAGGGAUAACCAGAAAAUAACACUCGUUUUGUCCGGUCUGAAAGCACCAAGAACUGCACGUAAUCCAUCUGAGAAGAGUGAAGAAGGUGCUGUUCAAUCUUUGGAAUUUGCCACUAGACAACUAUUGCAAAGAGAUGUAGAAAUUAUAAUCAACGGUGUCGACAAAGCUGGUGGUUUCGUUGGCACAAUCUACAACACGAAGGGUGACAACUACGGUCUUAGCUUGGUUAGAAGGGGUUUGGCUAGUGUUCACGAAUACUCCGCUGAAAGCUUACCAUUUGCUGAUGCCCUCUUUGAUGCUGAGCAGGAAGCUAAAGAUAAAAAGUUAGGUGUAUGGGUAAACUACAACCCAGCUGCUGAAAGGGAAGCUGAAGAAGAGGCAUAUACUCAGGCACAAGAGGAGGCUAAAGAGGAUGAAAAGUCUACCAGCAACCUGAUUGAUAUACUCAUCUCUGAUGUAAGAUCUUCACCUCAAUUCUCAUUCUUUGUCCAGUUAGUUGGCAGUGAAGAUUCACAGAAGUUUGAAAGGUUGAUGAAUGAGUUCACAGCUCACCACAAGAGCAUCUCUCAUAGCGAACCAUUCGCACCACGCAAUGGUAUGCUUAUCGCUGCUCGUUUCAGCCAGGAUAAUCAAUGGUACAGAGCUCGCGUAAGACGUGUUAGUGAUGUACUCAAGACUGCUGAAGUUAUCUUCAUCGAUUAUGGUAAUGAGGAGACUGUCUCUUACUCCGAUAUCAGAAACCUUGAUGAUAAAUUCAAGACAAUGCCUCCACAAGCUAUACCUGCCAAACUCAGUUUUGUCAACCUUCUUCCAAUUGAUCACGAGUAUGGUCAAGAGUCUCUUGAUAGAUUUAAGGAACUCUGUUUGGGACGUAACCUUGUUGCAAAGAUUGACGCAAAGGAACCAAAUGGAACACUACACUUACGUUUACUUGACCCAUCAGAUCCUGAUUCAGCAAUUUCUGCGGAAUAUUGCAUUAACGCGGAUUUGGUUGCAGAUGGUUUGGCAUUAAUCGAUAAGAAAACAUCAAGAUAUUCAAACAAGUACCCAGGGAUGCAAGCUACCCUUCAAGACGCAUUACAAUCUGCCAAAGAUAACAGAGCUGGUGCAUUCGAAUAUGGAGAUAUCACUGAAGAUUAAUUAGAUUGAUUAUAUUAUUUGAAAUAAAGAAAGAAUAUUCAUUAACUAGAAGAUAUAAUAUAAUAUAAUACGAAAGUGGCUCAAACUAAAAAUACAUUAAGCUCUAGUCGUAGCUGCGAAACUUAGUGCUGGUGAUGUAGGAGAUAUUUGAGUAUUCAAUGAGUUUCUCUUGCUGGGUGAUUGUGGUGGUGUUUGAAUCGUAAUUUUUGUGACUCUAGCACUGGGUUUGUAUUGUGCAGCUAAUGCCUGGACACCUUCACCUUCAGCAUCUGAUACGACUUGUACGUGCUUGAAUCUAAUUCCGAAAUGUGUAUCAAGUGCUCUGAGGAGCAGUUCACGAUAUCCAUUGUUAGAGAUGACGCCACCACCUACUGUAAGAGUUGUGGUCUCCGGUUUGAGCUUUGUUCUGUCACCCAAAAGGCGGACUACGAUGUGAACAAGUGGACAGACUGCUUGUGCAGCUAUUCUAAGUGCCUCAACUUGACUGCCAUCGUCAUGUGUAGUCUGAUUCAUUGUGCCACUUGUUGGAUCACCAGGUAUGCCUAUCAAAGCGUCAUUUAUGAUAUCGUCAAUGAUGUUCUUGGAAAUAUCCUGUGCGAAGGCAUAAUUGCAUACAAUUCUUGAUGCUUCCGCAAUCCAAACCUUCCUGUUUGAUUCACUUACAGUGAAUGAGGAUUCACCACUUGAGUGAUCAACGUAUGUUUUGUUAAUGAGGUCAGCAGGGGAAUCCACUUUAAGCUGCUUCAUGAGAUCUUUGUGUAAUUGCAAAUGUGUAAUAGCAGUAGAAGUACUAUAAAGCUUGCUAUUCCCUCUAAAAUCCUCGUAUGCGAGGAGUGAUCUAAUGGCAAGUCUACCAACCCAGAAGGCACUACCUUCAUCGCAAAGAAGAUAUCCCCAUCCUCUGCUUAUUCCAACUCUCUCGAGAUCUUUGUUUUCCGUCUUUCUAAACGCCAUUCCAUUUGUUCCCGUUCCUGCUAUCAAAGCGAUCGCGGCGUUUGUGUCGUCAUGCUUGAGUGCAGGUGAAGCUAAUAAAUCUGUAUCAUUUGUUAUUUUAACUUGAUUCUCCAAUCCAAUCAUAGCGAAAACGCGAGCAACUAACGGUCUGAAACGUUCAGCAUCGCUUGCUUGAUUAACACCCGCUAAAGCUAACCAUAUAGCUUUAAAUGGCUGCUUCGAAAAUUGACCAUCCCUGUAUUCAAAUCUUUGGUAUUCUUUAGGCAACCUUGAUAUAGCUUGGAAUGUAGCUUCUAAAAUCACAUUAAUAGCUUGAGAAUGCCCAACGGUUUGUAAAUUACAAGGUCCACCUUCACCUCGAGCGAGGAUCUUAUCGUGAUUACCUAUAACUACUCUGGCUUUAGUUCCACCGCAAUCACCUGCUAAAAAUAAGUUCUCCAUUCGUUCUGUUGAUUGUUAUUUAUCGUUAUU